AUACGAUUAUCGGAAAUGGUUAUGUCGUUUGCUAAUGUUCAGAUUCAUGAAGGUGAUGGAUUGUCUGACCGUGUGUGUACAUCAUGCAUUGAAAAUUUAAGCACAGCAUACUUAUUCAAACUUCAGUGUGAAAGAAUUGACAUUCUGAUGCGAAAAUUUCCUGAUAUACAAAUUGAUAAGCCAGCUACUUCUGAUUAUAACGACUUAUGUGAUCAGGAAUUUCAUAUGCACACUGAAUACAUUAAAGAAGAAAAUAAUGAUAAUUUAGUAAAAGCAGAGCAAGCAGAUAAGCAGCUAAGUCCUUGCUACGAAACUAGUGAUGAAACUGAUAGUGACAUAGACUCCAUUAAGUGUGUAUACUGCAGUCAGUCCUACAGCAACUAUGGAGCACACACUUGCCACGUCACCUGCACAAUCGAGCACAACCAGCUACAAAAAUCAAGUAGCAAUGAAACAUUAGUAGCAGCAGACAUCACCCAAACAAAAACUCCAAAAUCUAUGUCACCUGUCACAAGCAUUCCAGAAUGUAUUAAUGUUUCAUGCGUUCUCUGCGACAAAAAGUAUGAUAGAUAUGGGGAUUAUGUAAAUCAUUUAAAUAUUUGCACAAAUAAUGUUAAACUACAUCAUUUUGUUUGUCCUGUCUGUCACGAAAUGUUCUCUGAUAAGUUUGACUAUUUGGAGCAUCUGAAGGUGUUCCAUUUUAAAGCUGACGACAUGAUGAGUGAUGAGGGAACAGACUGUGUGGACUUUGCUCCAAUGAUUGUGAAAACGAGUAAACCUAAAGCUGUCAGGCGGCAAAUAGGUUGGUCCAUUGAAGAUAUCUACCAGGAGAUAGAGUGUCAAAAAGUUGAACAAAAACCAACAUCUACGUCUAGUCCUAUAAAAAAUUUCUUUUCCAAAUUGGGAAAUGAGUCAUUUAGUAGUAAACAAAGUACUCCAAAAAAAGUGAGCUUCCGGAAAUUGAUUGAAAAUGGUAAAGCUAAGACAGCAGUGUAUUUACCAUUUCGUAAAUACAUACAAAAUUACAAGCUUAAAAAAAAGGUAUCCAACUACAGCCCCAUAAAUUCCAAAACUCAAACAAUAACCAGUCAAAUUCAAGCUUGUAUUCCAGAAGAAGUAUCAGAUAGUGACUAUGCUUCACCAAGUGGAACUUCUGAAGAUUCAUGGAAGAUGAAACAAAAUUUAAUAUGUGCAUGUGAUAAAAAGAUCUUCAUGCUCUCUGAACAAAUUCACGAUCGAGACAGAAUUGUGGCUAUGGUAAAUGAAUUAGGAGGAGUUGUAGCUGAAAAUACAAAAAUGGAAAUGCUAGCAACCCAUUUCAUAUCAGUGUUACCAAAUGAUACAUUCACGGGUAUGAUUGUUUGUGCGCUUGCUACAGGAAAAUGGUUACUCCAUAUAAGUUUCAUCUAUGAUAGCUUUCGAUGCAAGAAAUUUUUACAGGAAGAAAUGUAUGAAUGGAUGCGGCACCCCAAAAUAGUUGAAAUAGAUAACACGAGUGUUGAGGUGGCAAAGGCAGCUGUAUAUUGGCACAGUGAGCUACAAACGAAACACGCGUCAUUUCCUUUUGAAGGAAAACAAAUUGUGCUUAUAAUGAAGAAAAAAUACAGACAAUACUAUCAAAUGAUAUUUAAAACUCUAAAAGCGAAACCCGUGACUUAUGACCCUAGAACUCCCGGUAGUUGCUGCUCAGCUGAUUACUGCUUCGUCGACAUGAAAAUAAUAGAAAGGGUGAAACUACGGUUUUUCUUUCACCACAAUGUUCCUGUCUUCCCUUAUCAAUAUAUAUUAGUUUAUUUACUUAAGAGGGGUCGAGUUGACGACCAACAUAAAUAUCUAUUACAGGAUUGUAAUAAAAUAAAAGAUAAAGAUUUCUUUUUUAAUAAUACAUAUUAAUUUUAAGACUUGACAUGUUUUGAGACUAGAUAUAACUCCCUUAAAUUGCUAACCUUGUCGCAUUACAAGUCUUACGUCAUCCAUAACAAAAAGUAUGUUAAAUAAAAUAUAAAUUGUAAUUUCUAAA